GCAGGAGAACACUUGGAAACAAGGGAAAAACUUGAAGAGCUGAGAAGAAAAUAUGGAACAAAUACAUGGCUCCAUAGCCAAGCUGGAUCAAAGAUUGAAGACAUAUUGGGGAUUUCAAGAAGAGAAUCAUCAGUACAGGAGAAUCUGGAUACCAAUGCAGAUGGUGACUCCAAGGAUGAAGGGAUUCAUUCAGAAACUGAAGAUGAAGAUCCUGAUAUUCAUGAAGAAGAUGGAGAGGUAUUUAUGGGAUUUGACUUGGAUAAAGGGGAAGAGCGAUUAGUUAUGGUUGGAGAGAAACAUGUUAGUGAGAAAGAUAUCAGUGGCAAGACUCUGGGGAAAUGGGGGCUUGAGAGUAUCAUUGAUGCCUCCAUACCAUCUCCAGGACUCUUGAAGAUCACGUUUGUCACCUUUCGACGUGUUGAAGAGCGGGCAUAUUCCAUGGAAGAUGAAGACUCUAAGGGUUUACUGGAGAGACUGAGACCACAGUUGGAAAAGCACUUGGAGAAGACAGUAAUGGAGAAUGUCCUGCAGUGCUUCAAAUGUUCUAGUCUCUUCUCUCAGGCAAUGGCUCAUGUCACAUAUAAAUUGAACAUUGGAGAUCCUCCCAACCAUCUCCACCAUCCCAACUCUAAAGGCUUGCAGAAGGUGAUGCAGUGUCCUAACUGCAAGAGUGACUUUGUAGUAUCAGUGCCAGAAGUCCCAACUCCUGCUUCUCGGGAAAAAAAGAAAUCUCAAUCUUGUCAGCCUGUUUCUCUUCGUUCUGCCAGUGAAGAAAGAAGUGGAUCAUCUCAGAGUGAAACAGACAGUUCAUCAACUGCUCGAGCCCCUGGAGGUCACACAGAUAGUGAUGAUAUUGAAAUCAUAAGCGAGAGCAGCAUUGAAGUAAUGCAU